AUGAUAGCGCCGUUGGGUCGAGCUUCAUCACGGCCACAUCCUACAAAGCAUGCAACGAAGUGCCUCAUCGCGACGGUCGUGGUCAUGCACACGGUGGUGAUGGUAUACUUGGCCACGUUGACGACGCUAUUGCAAACCGCGACAGCGGCGGAUUUAGUGACGAUUCGAGUGUACGAGCCGUACGUGACGCCCGUGCUUUACGCGCUCGCAGGGUCCCACUUCCGCGAAAUCGUGACCACCGUAUGUGUGCGUCCAAAGGCAGCGAGCCGAGUGGGCCCUACCGUCCGAGCGGUUCCAAGUAGGCCACGCCGAAAGCGGAUCCGACAGGCAUUCGACAAGUGGUUCGAUCACUUGAUCCUUGUGUUCAAUUCCGUCGAGACGGCGAGCCAAUGCUGCCAAGCGUACUCGAUGUUCCAGAACCUGGUGGACCCGUCCAAGGUCAUAUCGUACGCCGUCAUUGUGAUCUUGUACUGCUGUGUGUCGCCGCUCAUCCUCCUCAUCCGCAACACCCAAGCCAAGACAUCUAUCGUGAAUCUCGCGGACGCGAUCGUUUGCUUCACGCUGUCGUGUGGCCACCCGUUUGCAGCGGUCACGAUUCAGCUCGUCGAGUAUACCCUGCUCAACCCCAACCUCGGCAAUGAUAACCUCCGAGAACUUACUUGUAGACAUACCGGUCGGGCAGCGCAAGUGGGCAGUUAG